CAGUCGCUGGGGCUUGGCUCAAAGCUGGAAUAUAAUGUCCAAGUCGAGCGAGCUAACAAGCUAGCAGUGGUAACGGUACUUUACUGAUGUUAAAUACUCCGCAGCUGGAUGAGCUGGCUAGUGUGAGUGGCACAGCGACGAAGCUAACGAUGUCCAGAGGGCUUGAAUUUGUGCCCAGUCCGUCUGAAGACACACUGAAAGAAGAAUAAAUGAAGAGGCAUGGAAAGUAACGGGGAUGUAAUUGCCAGCACGGGGUCUCACGGUUAUUUACAGCUGGAUGCCCACGGUGCAGGAUUAGCUUGUUCUCUACGUGGAAUGACGACAUUUGCUCCGUUCGCCUGCCUAACGGUACACGGGGGUCGGUGAUGCUGUCUGGCCAAAUGCCCUGGUUGUCCGAAUUGGGACAGAGCAGCCAAACUCCAUCAUAAAUCAUGAAAAACUGCGAGUAUCAGCAAAUCGACCCGCAGGCACUCCCGACGCCCACCCCGACCCCUCCGCCUCAUCAGGGCAACGACAUCGACGAGGAGGAGAAGAAGAAGAAGAAGAAGAAGAAGGAGGAGAAGGAGCCGAAAAGACCCAAGAGAAAGUGGGAAGUUUUCCCCGGAAAGAACCGCUUCUACUGCGAUGGACGGAUCAUAGUAGCCCGACAGAGCGGGGUCCUGCCCCUCACCCUGGGCCUCAUCCUGGUCACAAGUGGUUUAUUCUUUAUAUUUGACUGUCCCUUCCUGGUAAAACACCUGACCAGCUGCAUACCUGUUAUUGGAGGAGUCCUCUUUGUUUUCGUGGUCAUCACCCUGCUCCAGACCAGCUUCACCGACCCCGGCAUCCUGCCCAGAGCCACACCAGACGAGGCUGCAGACAUCGAGAAACAGAUCGACAACACUGGAAACACCAGCUAUCGGCCUCCACCGCGCACCAAGGAAGUCCUCAUCAACCAGCAGGUGGUCAAGCUCAAAUACUGCUUCACCUGCAAGAUGUUCCGGCCUCCACGCACCUCCCACUGCAGCCUGUGUGACAACUGUGUGGAGAGAUUUGACCAUCACUGCCCCUGGGUGGGGAACUGCGUAGGGAAACGCAACUACCGUUUCUUCUACACCUUCAUCGUGUCGCUCUCCUUCCUGACAGCUUUCAUCUUCGGCUGCGUGACCACACAUCUUGCGCUGAGGGCUCAAGGCGGGAAAGGACUGGUGUUUGCUCUUCAAGAGAGUCCCGGCAGUGCAGUGGAGCUGGUGAUAUGUUUCUUCUCAGUCUGGUCCAUCUUGGGCCUCUCAGGCUUCCAUACAUACCUGGUGGCUUCCAAUCUGACCACUAAUGAAGACAUCAAAGGCUCCUGGUCGGGAAAGAGUGGCGAAGAUGUCACCAACCCAUACAGUCACAGAAACAUCUUUAUCAACUGCUGUUCUGUGCUUUGUGCACCCAUGCCACCCAGCUUGAUCGACAGGCGAGGUUUCCUACCCGCAGAUGAGUCUGCCCAGACCGGCGGCACGGACAUCGAGCUGCCCACCCUGGCCGCUAAGAGCGAGAUAAACGUGUGCACGCAGGGAACUAAAGGUCUGCUAGAGUCGGCUGCUCUCUCCCCACUCCUGUCCACCUCGUGUCCUCAGGGGAAACCUCAGACAGCUCAUCCCUGCCCAGACAGCAGCAGCCCCGCGGCCAACUCUGACCCCUCACCGGAGCUCUCCACGGGCUGCGGGGCCCACCACACAGCCAGCUCUCACGGGGAUGCCUCUCCUCCACGUCACACCAAGACUCGCUCAAAGAAAUGCAAAAGAGCAGCUUUGCAUAUUCCCAACCCCGCCUUCGACGUCCCCGUCUCCCCUACCUCUCCGGACACUGGCCCUGGCUCCAAAGCCCGGGGCCACAAAGGGGCCAGCUUCGCCCCGUUGCACUGA